AUGUUGUAAUGCUCAAGCAAAUAUUGCAUUGAUUAUUAAGUUCCAGGUGAUCCUACCACUUAAUCAGGAUGCUUUCUUUGGGAUGCAUCUAUAAACAGAAUAGGGAUAGAUAAAAAUGGAUAUUGCACUUAUUAGGACUAACCAAAUGCAAUCAAAUGUAUAUCAGGAUAGUUUUGCUUAAAUACUCGUUUUGGAAAUUCAUGCCAGUCUCUGUUAUUAUCAUUUGAUUAAAAUAGGUUUGCAAGAGAAAGAUUAACUGGUAAAUGCCUUCCUUAUUUAGAUCCAAAAUAAGAAGGACGUGAUAUUGAAACUUGCGUAGAUGGUAGUUGCUUUUACACAGAUCAAAUUUCAAAGAAAAAUUUCUGUCUUUCUUUGGGUAUUUAUGCUUGGGGAGAUUUUAUUGUUGGAAUCGAUAUUUAAGGUUAGUGUUUAAAAAAUGACCAAAAAACGACAGUUCAAAUAAAAUCAUGUUUAGGCCUGACAUAUUGUGUUCUUGAUACUGGAGAGGGGGAUUACAAAUGUCAAAAGCUUCAGUUAAGUGACAAUACAUAUAAAAAUCAAGCUUAUUAAGCAAAAAGUGUUAACUAAACUUGUUAAGGUCUUAACACAGAAAAUAGUAUUGGAUGUUUAGAUGGUUUAUAUUGUAUAAAUUAAUAAACCAAUAAUAAAUGCGAAAUAAUGGAUUCUAAUGACCCAAAUAAAAUAGGCAGAAACUUUUUUAACCAAUAAUGUCUUCCAUAAGGAGCUUAAGUUGCUAUAAUUUGCCAGUAGUAAUAUUGUAUAUCUUCUGGAGCAUGCAUACCUUUAUCAGAUAGUCAUCCAGGCUAAGAAAAAUAAACAUAAAAAUGUUUGUAAGAAUAAUCAUAAGGUUAGAAUGGAGCCUCUAAUUGUUAUAAAAAUGGGUACUGCUUAUUUAAAGACCCCCUAACAGAUAAAGCAUCUUGUUACAAAUUAGACUUUAGUAAUCCAAAUGCUAUUGGUAUAUAAAAAGACACUUAAUUAUGCUUAGAGAUGGGAUAACCUUAAGCAAUAAUGUGUGCAGUUGAAAAAUAUUGUUUAGAUCAAACAACAAAAACCUGCUAGUUAAUUGAUACAACUAAAGGGAUGUGUAUUGAUGAGAAUGGCUUUUGUGUCUAAAACGGAUCAUGUUUUAAUUGUGAACUAAAAUAAUGCUUGUCUUUAUCAAAUCAAAAUAAAUGUUAAGACCUUUUAUCACCAUCAAUUACUUAUUGCAAGGAUAGUAAAGGAUUUUGUUAAUAACUAGAUUCCGGCCUUUGCGAUAUGUGUCCUGAUAAUUACUGCUUAAUUAAUAAAUCAUGUUUAAAUUAAAAUAGCUUAUUAAAAUUAGUUAAUAAUGGAUAGUGUUUUGAACAAAUCAAGAAGUUAAAAAUCUGUGUAAUUUAAAAUUUAAAUGUACCAAACUAGAAUGGAAAUAUGAAUUGUAUGAAUAAUUAAAGUUUUUGUUAAGAUAUUUCUAUUAAAAAUAAUGAAUGUUUAUCAUGUCCUAUGUACUUUAUAAAUCCAGGAGAUUAAAAAUGCUACAGCUUAGAAUAAAAGUUAGAACAUUCACCUUAUCCUUAAUAAGUAUAUUUUCAAAUGCAAUUGAUUUAUGUUAAAUAAGACUGUUAUGAUUAAAACUUUUGCCUGGUAAAUUAAUCUCUCAAGUGUCCAUUAGGGUAGCAGAGCCAAUCCUAAUAUAAAACAUGCUAGAAUUACAUUUUAUAGCUAGAUCAAAAUUUACAAGUAGUAUUUUCAAAAUAUUAGGCAAUAAACUUCCUUGUAUAAUCAACACCAGGCUCAUAUAGCAUUACUCAGUAUUAGUCUGUGCUAUGUCCAGAAGGAUGCUUUUCAUGUAUUCAAGAAUCUAAUUCAAAAGCAACUUGUAUCAAAUGCUAACUUUAGUAUGUUUAAAAUGGAGAUAUUUGUGAAAAAUGCCCUUAUAAUUGUAAUAAAUGUUAAUAUGCAGUAAUUAUAAAUGGAAAUGCUGUUUUUAAAAGCUAAAUAAACGUUAAUCAAAUCAAUGGAAUUUAAUUUAAAAAAAUAUGCAUAGAAUGUAAACCUCAAUACCUUCUUUCAUAUGAUCUAUAAUCAUGUGUUUAGUGUGGUUUCAAUUGUGAUAAAUGCUAAUAUGAAAAUUAAGAUGAGGUUCUAAAUAAUAAUAUAGAUUAACUAUCUGCUUUAUCAUAUUACUAGUUUCUAACAAAAAAUUACAUAAAAAAGUGUAUAUAAUGCCCUAAUGGAUACUUUGUUUCUUUUGAUGGUCAGUCUUGUGUGUAAUAAACACUAAAUUGCGAUUAUAACAGUUUUAAAAUAGUAUAGGGUACACAGACUUAUGAUUUAACAGAAAAUAUUUGGUCAUUUGUAGAUAGUUUAUAUCAAAAUAUAAGUAUUAGCAAAAUUUGUAAAAGCUGUUCUUAUGGGUACAUAUUAGCAAGUGAUUAAAGUAAAUGUGAAUAUGGAUGUUAAUCUCAAUCUCAGCAAUCAAUAUGCAAUAAUUGUUUUACUACUUUAUCCUUUAAAGUUUAAUGUUAGUUUUGUAGUAAUGGAUAAAUAUUAAACUAAGUUGUGGAUCCCCCAAAAUGUUAAGAUGAUUUUUGUAAAAACCAUAUUUUUGGAUGCUCAGAGUGCUAUAAAUAUUUAGACUUGAGUUAAAAUUUAAACAAUUAAGUUUUUUAAUGUACUAAAUGCUAAGAUGAACUAAGUAUUCCAUCUAUCUAUGGAUGCAUUAAAUGCCCAUAAGGAUGCUCCAGAUGCUAUGAAGGUACAAGUACAUUUAACUUCACAUCAUAAUUAAUAUAUAAAAGAGAAUCCAUCACUAUAUAAGAUAGAUUAGAUUAUAAGAAUAAAAACUAUAAACUAAUAUGUACAGAAUGUUAAGAUGGGUAUUACUUUGAUUAAUAAUUCAAAUAAUGUAUUCUAAUAUAAUGUGGAUAAAACUGCCAAAAAUGUAUCAUAAUAAAUAAAUAACCUUAAUGCAUUUAGUGCAACUAUGAUAAAUUAAUUAAUUAAAUUACUUCAUUGUAGUAUUUUAUUGGUAAGUUCUAUUAUAAAUAAAAUUAAAUAAAUAAUCCAAAAUAAAUGAUAACAUUAACUUCUUCUGGUGAUGAUUGCUAAAUUUGUCCAUUACUUUGCGAAACAUGUGAAAACAAAAGCAAUGUCAGUUAGAAUCCUUUAUAUAUAUAUGAUGCUUAAUGCUUAUCAUGCAAAAAAACUUUAGAUAAAAGCCUUUUAUUAUAGAAUUAUAGUAUAACUUACGAUAAAUCAAGAAGGAAAUGCUACUUAUGCUAAAAAUCAGAAUAGGGCUGCUACUAUAAGAAGUAAAAAAUAAUUUAUGCAUAAUGCUUAGAUCUAAAUAGCAGAUUAGGUGAUGGCUCAUAAAAAGAACCAAUUAACUUCAAUCGUUUAAAUGAAGUUAAUUUAAACUAAUUUAUCAUAAAUGAGCUAGAUUUUGAUCAAGCAGUAGUUUUUUAUAACGAAUUAUAAGUAAAAGAGUUGGAGGUUUUGUUAAUAUUUGUUGAUAACAUUUGCUAAGAUCUAAAACCUCAAAACUUUACAAUUACUUUAAAGGAGAAAUUUAGAACUCUUUCAGCUAUCCUAAACAUAACAACACUUUACUCGAAUUUUACUGUCGAUUUCUAGCAAUAAGAUGUUUUUAUUGUAUAAGGCUUUGACAAAAUUUUCAUUUAAAAUGUAAUUUUCUAACAGCAAAAAAGUGAUAAUAAAUUUGGAAUAAGUAUUAAAGAUGAUUCUUUAAAUAAUUUUUAACUUAUAAACUGUUAAUUCCAUCAAAUAAGUUAAUUUUUAAAAUAUUUUGGUGUUAGAUCAGAAGCCUCUAAUAAAUAUUCUUAACUCUUAAUAAAAUUCUUAAUUAUAUCUUAGGAUAAUCUCAGCUACUUUACUUAAUAUGUUCGACAAAAUAAUUCACCAAAUCAAAAUAUAAGUAUUUAUUUUCAAAAUAUUACUUUUGAGAAUAGCUCCUUUUACCAUAGAUCUUAGAUUCUGAAUUCAAAUAUCUUAAAUUCUUUAACAAUUACUAGCUUAACCUUCAACUAAUUGACUAACUACAACUUUAUGCAGUAGUAAGAUAGUAGAUUGAAUAUUACAAAUUAAAAUUCUUAUUUUGAAUAGAUUCAAGUUUUAAAUAAUAUUGUGACAAUUGAUAGCUAUUUUUUAUUAGAUUUUUAGACUGAUAAAAACUCUAAUAUAACUUUAAAUGGAAUAAUAAUUAAAAGAAAUCAAUUUUAUUCUGAGUUAACUUCAAUUAUAAUUCAACUUGCAAAAUUAAAUACAAUUUAAGUAAAUAAUAUUUCUUUAGCAGAUAAUCAAGAAUUUUUAUUCCUUUAAACUGAAAAUAUUUUUAACGUCACAAUUGGUUAAAUAAAUUUAUAAUAAACUGACUAAUAAUUUUUGACCCCUUAAAUUUGCUACUUAAAAUAAACUAUCUAGUAAAUAAAGAUUAAUGACAUAGUCUAAUAAGGUAUAAGCAUAUCAAAAGAAUUAUUUAUCUUUGAAAAUAAUAUAAUUUAAUAGCAAAUUACUCCUCUUGAAAUUGUUAUAAUGAAUGUUAUAAGCAAUUAAAUAACUUUAGUAUUCAAAGAUAAUAAAGAAGAUAUUUCUAUUUUUUCUAUAAUUUCUAAGUUAAUCAGCAACAUAUAAAUUCAAAAUGUAUAGUUUUCUGGGUUUUAAGAUGAUAUUUUGAAUAAAAAAUCUAUUUUAGGGAAAGUAUCCUAAGGUUUUUACUUUAAUGCUCCUACUGUAGCUGUGGACCUUUAUAAUUCUAGUUUUAAUGAAAUAGAUGUUUAAAGUUAAUUUGGUUGGAUAAAUGGAUAAAUUCUUUCAAUAGAUAUAAGACAUUGUAACUUUACUAAUUAAUAGAGUUAUCUUAACAUAGAAACUAGUAGAGAAGGUGGGUUUCUUAAUGUUAUAAGUUAAGUACUUCAUAUCUAUAAGUCUAAAUUUAUUAAUGGCAAUGCAUUAAUUGGUGGAGCAGUUUAUUGGACAGCAUAGAAUAAAGGUAGUUUUUCAUCAAUAGAGAGCGAAUAUUUAAGCAACGUAGCUUUUAGUAGUGAUGACUUAGAGACUCAAGGUGGAGCAAUAUUUGUUAAUGGGAGAUUAUCUUAAGGUUUUGAUGGAUAUAUAUACAAAUCUAAUUUUUCUAAUAACUUUGCAUUUAACCAAGGAGGGGCUAUAUUGAUCUAACCUUCUGCUUAUUUUAAAAAUACCAUAACAAUUAAAAUGAGUCAUUUUAUUAAUAACUUCUCUCUAUGCAGAGGUAGUAAUAUUAACAUACAAAAUUAAUCUAAUUCUAAAUCUUAUAUAACAUUGAGUAGUUUAGUUAUUACAAGUUAGAUUAAAUACUUUAUAGAAGUAAUUGAGAUCCUUUAAAACAUUAUUCGUAAAUAAGCUUGGUUAUAAAUUUAAUCAGUUGAUUCUUCAUUAAUUAAUAUACAAAAAGCUCAUAAUAUUGAAAUCAUAAGUUCCACAUUUUAGUUAUCAACGGGCACAUCAUAUGAUUUCUAAAAUUCUGAGUUUCUGAAAUUUAUUUUUUAAUAAAUUUUGAUAAUUUAAGAAGCUAUUAACUUUUAUGAUGUUUAAAAUAUUUAUUAGAAUAGCUAUUUUUUAAGUAAUAUGAUUACAGCUACAGGUAUAGAGCAUUUUUAUAUCUAUGAUACGUUAAUUUAAAACAAUAGAAAUAUCUUAGAUUAUAUGCAUAAUUAAAGAUAAGAUGCAUAAAGUGCAGUAUUUUAUAAUAGCUAGAGCAGCUACAUUUAUAAAUUAAACGUAACUAAUAACAUAUGUUAAUAUUGCGUUUUUGGGACAAUUUAAAUAGCAAGUUCAAAAUUUCAAAUCUUAAAUUCUACUUUUUAUAAUAAUAUAGCAUAUAAUGGACCAGGAUUAUAUUUAGAAUAAGCUUAAUUUUACUUUACAAACUCAAUUAAUGCAUAAUAAGUGUUUUUAGAUACCUUAAUAAUCAUUAAUUCUGCAUUCAUUAAUAAUUAAGCUAACUUAAACGGAGGAGCGAUAUACCUAAAAUAAUCUAGUAUGUUUAUUUAUGAAACUAUCUUUGAAUAAAAUAAAGCAAGCUAAUAUGGUGGAGCUAUUUUUUUAGAAAAUACAUAAAAGAAUAUUUUAAUAAAUUUAAUUAAUUUAAGUAACUGCACAUUUACUUAAAACUAAGCAAGCUUUGGAGGAGCAUUAGGGUCAACUACAGGAUAAAGAGUGAAUAGAUUUUCAAAUAACACAUAUUAAAAAAAUAAGGCAUCUUAAUAUGGUGACAACAUUUAAACUUCGCCAACAAAAUUUAGUGCUUCUAUAAAUGGAAAGUCUUUAUCAGACUCAAAUAUAUUAUAAAUAUAAAAUCAUUUUGGGGGGUAUCUUCAGGAAGAUAUAAUUUUAAGAUUGUGUAGUGAUUAAAAUUAAGAAAUUUUGAAUAUUCCUAAAUAUAGCUUUCUUUAAAUAACCAUUUUAGAAGGAAAUGGUUACUUAAGUUCAAAUAAAAUUUAUAGUUAAAAUGGUGAAUUUAAUUUAACUCAGUAAAUUAAAAUUUAUGGAAACUUUAAUUAAUAACUUAAACUCUAAAUUACAAGCGAUUUAAUUCAAAUUCCCAUAUACAAUUCAAGCUAAUACAUAAUUGGUUAUAGUAAUUAUUCGUUAAUUAUUGUUAUAGAUAUGGCUCAAAAUUGCUUAAUCGGUUAGAUACCUAUAAAAUUUUAAUAAAAAUAUGAUUAAUGUUAAGACUGUAAAGAUACUAAAUAUAGCUUUAGUAUAGCAAAUUAAUGUUAAUCUUGCCCUCAUCCGUCAGUUAAAUGUUAUAGAGAUAUGAUCUUUUUACCUUCAAAUCUAUGGAGAGUUAAUCAAUAAUCAAUAGUUUUAUACCCAUGUAAAAAUUGUGUAGGUGACAUUGAAAUAAGUUAAAUAAAAUAAACUGGCUAACUUUCACGCUAACUUUCACCUAAGCACAAUGAUAUGAAUUACUAUUGCAAAUAAGGAUAUGUAGGAGCACUUUGUGAAGAUUGUGAUAGAAGUGGAGAAUAUUGGGGUGAAGCUUAUUACAUGAAAUUAGACUAAAAAUGUUCAAG